AUGAUGACAUCCUUGGCAUCUCUUCACCAGCUCACCAGUCUGACUCUUGUCAUCAUUCCUGGAUCAUCAAUCAUAAAGAAGACCUGCUCUAUUCCUGAUCACCACAUCAGGACUGAGGUUCUCAACAUCCAUGUAGAAUCUGAUCCAAGACCUUCAAAUGACAUAGAUUCUAUAUCUACCAACACUGGUUUUCCAGCUCUCAUAUCCCUCUUGUCCAAUCAUCACAUCACAUGUCAAGGUCUCAGCAUCACUAUCUACCAAGAAUAUUGCUCAGCAGAUGUUAUUCUGGAUUUCUUCAAUACCCUCACAUCACUUGCAUCAAUUGAUGAUGAUGAUGAUGGAUUCCUAGCUUGGGAGGAUCUGGCAGGUUUCAGAUUAAAGAUGCCAUGGAAUGAGGAUUUUUUUGUGCCAGAUGAAGACAGUCUUCAGAUUCCAAGAAAUGAAUUAAUUACUUUGUACAGACUGGUCUAUCUGACUGCUCUGGAGCUGGAGGACCUAGGAACCUACAGGAUUGAUGAUGAUGCCUUGCUGAAUCUGGCUCUCAGGUUGCCUUAUCUUCAAAGGCUUUUGUUAGGCACCAAACCAUUUUGGGAGAAACUUCCAAGAGCCACUCUAUGGGACAUAUCUCUUGUUCUACACCACUGCCCUCACAUGGAAACACUCAGUCUUCUCUUUUGCUACACCUUAGGAAACCACAAGAUAGAAUCUGCAGACACCAACAACUUGAUCACCACAUUACAUGUUGGAUUUUCACCUCCUCACAGUCCUUUUACUGUGGCAGCAUUUUUUGCUUAUUCACUGCCUAACCUUGACAUAAUUGUGGUGGAGCCUAGAGAAUCUCAUAGGAAACAUGGGUCCAGCAGGACUGAUCUUACUCUUCCUAACCAGGAUACCAGGAUUCAGAAAUGGAGCAGGAUUUUGGAGUUGACCAAGGAGUUUGCAGAUGUUUGA